UAAUUAUAUGAUGUCUGGAAGUUCCAAUAUCGAUAUAUUUUCCUGUUGGUACAAGCCAGUUCUAUUUUAAUGCCUUGUUGAGGCUUGAGUGUGGCGGUCAUUACUCAUUUGGAUGAUACCCACUGUUAAUUUUCUAUUUCUGUUCAAGUUGAAGGACCGAUAGCAAGAACUCUAAUAUGCAAAUCGUUUUGAAACUGAAGUCGUGAAGAAAAAUAUUUCAGAUGCAGUAACUUUUUACCUAUUCUAACAGGUAACCUUACGUUGACAGAAGGCUUGAAGUUAUUCAGGAACUCUUCCAAUUUCACAAUGUGAAUUAGAAAUGAAGGAACCAUUGGGACAGCUAAUGAUUCCUUAACGUCUAGUAUUCUAUUAUAUUUGAUAGUCCCACUUGAAAGCUAUUGAUGCAACAUGUGAUUUGAGGUGAGGAGUAACUGCCACCUUUUUUUAAUUUAGCUCUGCCACAUAUCAUUCUUUUUUGCUUUACCCUUCAUAAUACCUCCCAAGAGGACAAGGAACCUAUUCCUUAACAACACACAAAUGACUUGGAUAAACCAUUUUACUUCUCCAUCAUUACGUCCUUCCUCAUUCUUCAUUCAUGGCUAUGGAGGAUCGGAACAUGCUUGCUGCAGAUUGUGUUGUAAUUUCUUGUUGCUGCCAAUGCUUGAUCCUUCAAAUCAUCUUCUUUGUCUUGCUCAAACUUCCGUGGAAGCUCAUUCGAAAAGCAAAAGAAUAUGCUAAGAUGAAGAUUCGACGUACAAGGAAACAGGAGAUAAUUAUCAAAACAAUGAAGGGUCGAUAUGAAGAUGAGUUUUUGCAAUGUCAUGGUGGUUCUGAGUUAACUAUUCAAGUUGAAAGCUCUGGUUUAAGGUGUUGUCUGGAGGAAGUUGAGAAGGUGUUGGAGGAGUUUUCAGAGAAGGGAGAGUUUGCAUUUGGAAGCUUUUGGGGCAGGGAGAAAUCAAGCAGCUCAUCAACAAAUUUAGCCCAACAGGAAUUUGAAAUUAGUAACAGAUUUGUACAGUUUGAAUUUGUUGAAAUAGCUGCUUCUUUAAGUUGUUCAUUUCGUAGUUAAUAUGACAAAUAUAAUAGCCAUAUUGACCUUGGUGAGAUUACAUUGAUCAAAAUAUGCAUAGAAUUUCAUUGCAGCAGGUAUUAUUAUUGACAGAUAAUAAUU